AAUUGUGUGUCAACAAGAUUUCACCACUUUGUUUACACUGUUUACAUUUUUCUUUGCAAAAAUCCGUGAAAAUUCCGCGAAAAAUGCUUGUAAAUCCCAACUGAUAGGAUUAGAUAGUGCUGUGAGGUGUUCUACAAGUGCGAUAACAUUAGAUAAGACAAUGAGUGAUGGUGGGGAUGUGGAACCGGGAGCUUCAGGAGGCGAAAGUAUGCUCAUCACGACAGAUUCCUUUGAGGAAUUGUCCGAAGAGAUGAGUUCCAGCUUCGAGGGGGCUGGCCAGAAGGGUUCAGGGGCAAUUGGGCAGAUUGGCGGAGAAGUGGAGGAGGGUGAGGCGUCAAAUGGGGCGGGAGUUAUGACAAAAAGUGACUCAUUCUGCAGUGUUCAGAGCAAUCCGCAGCAAGAUGCUGAAGAUCAGCUUCAGGAUGCUGAAUGGUUGGGUCAGAAGAGGCAUGUGUUCAUUCUGAGCACUGCCGGGAAGCCUAUUUACAGUCUGCAUGGGAGUGAGGACAAAUUGGCGUCGCUUUUUGGGGUGAUGCAGGCUCUGGUGAGUGUUGUCCAAUCCAAUCAGGAUGCCAUUAAAUCCAUCCACACGGCUGGGAUGACUUUUGUGUUCCUGGUGAAGAGUCCUCUGAUCCUGGUGGCAGUAUCGCGGACAAACAGAAGUGUCCAGCAGAUUCAGAUGCAACUGUCGGAUGUAUAUAAUCAAAUCUUGAGCAUCCUGACGUUGUCGUACAUGAACAAGAUCUACGAAAAGAGGAAGAACUUCGACCUUCGGAGGCUACUGGGCGGAAGUGAGCGCCUGAUAAAUCAUCUUCUGGCCAAUUGUGGCGGAAAUGAUCAGGUGUCCAAUAAUACUUUUAGCUUUCUGACGAAUUCCGUUCGGAUCCUCCCACUCAGUCCCAGCAUCCGUGACAGUAUUACGAGCGCCAUUCAGAGUAAUUGUUCAAAAAUCAAAAAUCUAGUCUUUGCUGUCCUCAUAGCCCAGAACAAACUGAUCUGCCUGAUUCGCAUGAAGAAGUACUUCAUUCAUCCGGCUGACCUGAGGCUCAUUUUCAAUCUCAUCGAGUGCUCCGAGAGCUUCAAAGCCGCAGAAAGUUGGACACCAAUCUGCCUCCCUAAGUUCGAUCCCAACGGAUACCUCCAUGCCCAUGUCUCCUACCUGGCUGAUGACUGUGAAGCCUGCCUGCUCCUCCUUAGUGUCGAACGCGAUGUCUUCUUCACGCUUUCCGAGGCCAAGAAGCGCAUCACCGACAAACUUCGUCGCUCAAAUUGCCUUGAGGCCAUAAAUGAGGCCAUGGCCAGUCCCGGAAUCAGCCUCCGGACCAUUGGAAUCCCCGAAAUCCGACAUUUCAUCUACAAAUGCAAAUCCAACGCUCAACUCCUCUGCUCCAAAAUCUGCCUGCCCUACAGUGCCCCCAGCGAGUUCCAUCGCCUCGAAUCCCUCUACUGCAGCAUCCACAGUCGCGUUCACAAUCCCAGCAGACCCCUCAAGCUCCUCUACGAGAUGAAAGAGCGAGAGAUCAUGCUGGCCUGGGUGACUUCCGGAUACGAAUUGUACGUGACAUUUGAGCCCCUUGUGGACAGAAAUGCAGUCAUAUCGCUGGUCAAUAAGCUCCUAAAGUGGAUCAAGAAGGAAGAGGCAAGUCUAUUCAUCAUGAAUGCCCCCGUCUUUUGAGAUUCUCCAGAGGAGACCCUCCGCCGAAGCAAUAUUCAGCAUCUCCUAACCUCAAAUUCUUUGCUCAGUGAUUUUUAGUUCAAUUU